UUAUAUUCUUAAUUUAAUUUCAGUUUAAUCUCAAGCAUCAAAGUGUUAACUACGUAACGAACGAACGAGCAGCAAACGGUUCAGAUUAAAUGCAAAUUUUUAAAUUUAACAAGAAAUAAAUAAAUACGAAAAGAAAUAAAAACAAAAUCAUAAUAAUAAAAUAAAAUCUACAACAAGGUCAAUAUAACAUAUUUUAUUUUUUAGUUUGUGAAAUGAAACAAAUGUUGGAAACAAAAAUUUAUAUGAAUAAAUGAAACAGAAAAAAAAUUAACAACAAAUUAUUAACCACAAAAUUAUGAAUUAACAAUUAAAUAAAAAAACAUACAGUAGUUUAACAAGAAUACAUGUGUAAUUAAAAAAGAAUAUUAAAAACAAAAAAAAAAUUGUUAAGAAACAAGUUAAACAAAAACAAUAUAUAUUAGUGACGUGACUAAAUGUUGUUGAAUCGUUUAAGUGUUAAUAUGAAAGUAAAUGUGGCGUUUGGAUUCUUAAUUUUAACCACAAUUGUCGCAGUGCAAGCUCAAUCUCUAACUAAUUCAAAUUAUUUUAUCAACAGACGUUGUGAAAACCCCAACAAAAGACCAGGAACAUGUGUGGCCAUACAUGAUUGUCAAGUUUUAUUGCAAAGUGAUCGUACUUUUGUAGAAGCUUCACGAUGUGGCGGUGGUUUUGGUACCACACCCUAUGUUUGUUGUUCUAGUGAUACGGGAUUCACCAGAGAGCCCAGAAAACAAGAAGUAGCGGUAGUAGUGGCAAGAGAACAGCCCGAAUUGAGUUUAGAAGAGAGAUCGUGGUUAAGAGAAAUUUUCAGAGGAAAUUUCCUCACAACCCCCAUAUAUCCAGAUCAGCCAAGAGUGUUAGCUAAAGCCAAACCAUCAUUGCUGCCAGAACCUCCCACUUGUGGUGGAGAAUUUAUAGACAAUCGUAUAUAUGGUGGUCGGGAUACGGAGUUAUAUGAAUUCCCCUGGAUGGCAUUUUUGGAGUAUUCAAAGUCUGAUCCCACUCAGGAAGCGGUAUGUGCUGGUUCUUUGAUUAACUCCCGUUAUAUAUUGACUGCUGCCCAUUGUGUCAAGGGACCUAUUUUAAGACAAAAAGGAGAACUCGUGGCUGUUCGUUUAGGCUUAAGAGACUACACACAAAGCUCCAUAUUUCCCGGAGAUGAUCAACGUUGGCGAGUUGAAGAGACUAUUAUUCAUGAAAACUAUAAACCACAAAAAACUCCCGUACAUGAUGUUGCCCUUUUAAGACUUGAAAGCAAUGUUCGUUAUUCGAAAACCGUUAGACCCAUUUGUUUACCUUCCGUUCUUGCACCCUAUAAUCUCAAAUCAGACACCAAACUUACUGUGGCCGGUUGGGGUUCAACAGAAUUCGAUUCUAGCAGUCCCAUUAAGCAAAAGGUAAAUGUUGCCCUAAUGGAUCAGAAGUUCUGUAAACAACAAUAUGGUAAAUUGGGCUUAACAAUAGAAUCUACACAUAUGUGUGCUGGUGGUGCGGCGAAUAAGGAUAGUUGUCGUGGCGACUCUGGUGCCCCACUUAUGCAUUAUCGUAAUGGUGUUUGGGUUUUGGAGGGUGUAGUAUCUUUCGGUCGUCGUUGUGGUUACAAAGAUUGGCCAGGUGUAUAUGCUCGUGUCAGUAGUUAUACUCAGUGGAUUAAUAAGAAGUUGCGUAUUUAACUUUAGAGAUUGAGUACAAAUUAAGUAAUUUAAUUAAUUUUUAGUUUCCUAACAAAUAGUGAAAUUUAAUGCAUUUGUAUUUGUUUUUCAUACAGACAUGAUUUUUUGUUUCAUUUUGUAUUCGCAUACUCAUUUAGGUUUUAAGCAAAUAUGUAGCUAUUUUAAUAAAUUAAAACAAAAUU